AUGUCAGCUAGCGAGAAUAUGCGUUCGGCACAUCUCAACAGGCCAGAAGUUGCGCAGUUGGCGUCAGAAGUCUUGCAGAAGACGCCCACGGGCUCCCGUCUGGGGAUCGCUGCUCUUCUCGCCCUUCAGCCGCCCAGUCUGGGUGGAUUAGGCCAACUGCCGCAGACAUAUGAUCAGGAGCGAUUGGCUUCGGAACUGAAACUGCGCGUGUUUAACUAUAUUCAGAGAUCUGAGAUCCCCUCCAGUCCUGCCAUCGCGCCCUCUUCAUCGGGUUCUCUGUUCUCUGUGACACCACCUCUUCGAACGGCCAUUGUAGACACUGAGAAGAAGACGCGUCCGGUGUCUCCAGAAUUUGUAAACUAUCUGUUGUCUCUAAUUUUUCUGUCGAUUCGGGUCGCGAGUGCCUUCUGGUCCACAUGGCCAACAUUCUCCUACGUCUCUUCCGUCAUUCUCAUAGGUACUAGUAUCUACUUGGCGUUUGAAUUUGCUGCAGUCACCCUGCUUGUUCAGCUGCUUGUGUGCCUGGCUGCGCCCGGUGGAAAUCGAGUGGAUAUGGCCCUCCAACUGGUCACUAAUGCAUCGCAAGGUGCCUACAGGUAUCUACUGGACGAUCCGGAAGUCUACAACAAGCUUGUACUAGUGCGUAUGCCAGUCCAUUUGCAGUCCUGGCAAAUGCUUUGGCUAACUGCCUUUGCUCUCCUUGUCACUGUGCUCGAGGUGGUUAUUCUGUUUCAUAUGAGUGUGCAACAAUUCUACAAGGCCCUUCGUGCCAACCAGUACACUAUCACUCGUCUGUUCAACAUCGUUGAACAGGGCAACUCAGGAGGUCAGGAAAGCCAGACUUUCCCUGGGCUGAUGAGAGAAAACAGGCACCUGCAAAACCCCACAACAGCUGCCACUUUGAGUCAGCGAAACUCCGGGAUCUCCACCCUACCCUCCAAUGCUUCCAGUGCCACCCUUCGUUCUCCAGUAGCCUGUGCCGAAGAGUUCGCCUCAUCCGCCAGUCCUGGCGUCCCUUGCAAGUCCCUCCAGCUCUGCACAUCUUCCGCAGCAGACGUGGUCCUCCAGGAGGCAACAAGCUGUGAACCAAAUCGGCUCCUGCUUACAGCUGCAUCAACUUCCACCACGAAGACCGCCUCUGCCAGCGAGCCACCUUCAGCUAACCAUGCUCGGGCUUUCUCAGGAGGUGUAGUCUUCCUCUCAAACAGCCUCACCUUACGCAAUAGCUUCACCCCGGAGGUGUCGCCGCCGCCGAGGCAGAGUCCACUGGUCACCAGGGAGAAGUUAUGCAGUCAGGUUUAA